AUGGCAGCGAUUUCGAGCUUGAGUGGAUUCCAGGCCCCGAGUGACAGGAUGCGCCCUGGGUUCGGGCCCGCCCCUGGCCGCUGCGUGGACAGCACACAGCGCAGGGCAGGGGGAGCGGGGGUCAGCCCAGAGGGCACUGCAGCGGUGCGGAGCAGAGCAGGGGCUGCCCAGCGGAGGGCUGGGCACCGGGGCUGCAGAGGCCGCGGGCGGCGCUUAGGGCGCUCGGGCCGGGGCGCGCACCGCCCCCAGGCUGGGCCGCAGCUCGCUCACCCUAGCUUUGCGGAGUCAACUGAGCGCCUUGGUGUCUCCACAGGAGGGCUCCUGAUCUGGGAGGCUGCGGGCACUGGGGCGGUUGGGCGGCGCGUCCCAGCUACUCCUCUCGCUCCUCGCCCGGGAGCGCCGGCCUGGAGCCGGGUGUCCGCGUGGAGAGCGCCCUUUCUUCCCGCAGCCGCGCGCUCCCAGCCCCGCGCGCGCUUCGCGGCGCAGCCCAGCCCGCAACCAGCGCGCCCCCUGGCGGCAUCCAGCCGUAACGGCGCCGCGUGCGGCCUCCCCGCCUUCCCCGCGGCUAACCGGCUUCCCCCGCUUCACAGUCACAGCCCCGCCCUGGGCAAGGGGCUUGCGCACUCACGGAAGCUGUGA